UUCCUCCUCCUGGCUCAGCCCCUCCCUGCCCGUUUUUAGCACGGCCCUGGCCGCAGGCUGACAGGAACUGCACGGAGCCAAGAUGGCGGCGGCCGACGGCGACGACUCGCUCUACCCCAUCGCGGUGCUCAUAGACGAGCUUCGCAACGAGGAUGUUCAGCUUCGCCUCAACAGCAUCAAGAAGCUGUCCACCAUUGCCUUGGCCCUCGGCGUCGAGAGGACCCGCAGCGAGCUCCUGCCCUUCCUUACAGACACCAUCUACGAUGAGGAUGAGGUUUUGGGUUUUGGAAUCAGGCUGGGUUCUUCCACUUAUUUGCUUGGAGGGGGGAGCUGUCCAGUGACCUUGUGUCGUGCCCCACAGCCACCCCUGGAGUCGCUGGCCACGGUGGAGGAGACGGUGGUGCGGGACAAGGCAGUGGAGUCCUUGCGGGCCAUCUCGCACGAGCACUCGCCCUCUGACCUGGAGGCCCACUUCGUGCCCCUCGUGAAGCGGCUGGCGGGCGGUGACUGGUUCACUUCCCGCACCUCGGCCUGCGGCCUCUUCUCCGUCUGCUACCCCCGCGUGUCCAGUGCCGUCAAGGCGGAACUUCGACAGUACUUCCGGAACCUGUGCUCAGAUGACACCCCCAUGGUGCGGCGGGCCGCAGCCUCCAAGCUGGGGGAGUUUGCCAAGGUGCUGGAGCUGGACAAUGUCAAGAGCGAGAUCAUCCCCAUGUUCUCCAACCUGGCGUCUGACGAGCAGGACUCGGUGCGGCUGCUGGCGGUGGAGGCGUGUGUGAACAUCGCCCAACUCCUGCCCCAGGAGGACCUGGAGGCCCUGGUGAUGCCCACCCUGCGCCAGGCUGCUGAGGACAAGUCCUGGCGUGUGCGAUACAUGGUGGCCGACAAGUUCACAGAGCUCCAGAAAGCAGUGGGGCCUGAGAUCACCAAGACGGACCUGGUUCCUGCCUUCCAGAACCUGAUGAAAGACUGUGAGGCCGAGGUGAGGGCCGCAGCCUCCCACAAGGUCAAAGAAUUCUGUGAAAACCUCUCAGCUGACUGUCGAGAGAAUGUGAUCAUGACCCAGAUUUUGCCCUGCAUCAAGGAGCUGGUGUCAGACGCCAACCAGCAUGUCAAGUCGGCCCUGGCCUCCGUCAUCAUGGGCCUCUCUCCCAUCCUGGGCAAAGACAACACCAUCGAGCACCUGCUGCCCCUCUUCCUGGCUCAGCUGAAAGAUGAGUGCCCGGAGGUGCGGCUGAACAUCAUCUCCAAUCUGGACUGUGUCAACGAGGUGAUCGGCAUCCGGCAGCUGUCCCAGUCCCUGCUCCCUGCCAUCGUGGAGCUGGCUGAGGAUGCCAAGUGGCGGGUGCGGCUGGCCAUCAUCGAGUACAUGCCUCUGCUGGCUGGACAGCUGGGGGUGGAGUUCUUUGAUGAGAAACUCAACUCCUUGUGCAUGGCCUGGCUGGUGGAUCAUGUCUACGCCAUCCGUGAGGCGGCCACCAGCAACCUGAAGAAGCUGGUGGAGAAGUUUGGGAAGGACUGGGCCCAUGCCACCAUCAUCCCCAAGGUCUUGGCCAUGUCCGGCGACCCCAACUACCUGCACCGCAUGACUACUCUCUUCUGCAUCAAUGUGCUGUCUGAGGUCUGUGGGCAGGACAUCACCACCAAGCACAUGCUGCCCACAGUGCUGCGCAUGGCUGGGGACCCUGUUGCCAACGUCCGCUUCAACGUGGCCAAAUCCCUACAGAAGAUAGGGCCUAUCCUGGACAACAGCACCCUGCAGAGCGAAGUCAAGCCCAUCCUAGAGAAGCUGACCCAGGACCAGGACGUGGACGUCAAGUACUUUGCCCAGGAGGCUCUGACUGUCCUGUCUCUCGCCUGAUGCUGGAAGAGGAGCCAACGCCGGCCUCUGGUGUCUGCCCUUCCCCCACAAAGCCCCUCCCUCGGGGAGACGGUGGGGGGCCUUUGGUUGUCACUCCCUGUGCAUGGUCUGAUCCCAGGCCCCUUCCCCCAGCACGGUUCCUCUUCUCCCAGCCUGGGAAUCUGACUUCUCACCGUCCACCUCUCAGGGGCUGGGGGGACACAAGGUGGGACAGGGCAGUGACCCUGGGAGGGAGGGGCCGCUCCCGCCUGCGCUGGGGGAGAGAUUCCGAGCACCCCAGGUUGCUGGCUCCUGCGCUGUAAUGGGGACCCCUCCCCCAUCUACUUCACCCCCUGUCCCUUCCCCUCUGUGGUUUUUUUGUGUCAACUGUGCCGUUUUUAUUUUAUUCCUUUUUUCCCCUUUUCACAGAGAAAUAAAGGUCUAGAAGUAGCUGGUC